UGUUGCAGACUCAAGUUCUCAAGUUCUCGUUCAUCACGUGACUCAGGCUCCCUGCCAUAGAGUCUCUGGCAUUAAAACCUUUCCAGCACACCUAUGCGAGAUUGUUCACAUCAUCCUUACUUGCGGCAGUCUGUUUAAGAGUGGCUUUUAAGGAACGUCUACUAAAGAGGAAAUGGGGGAUCUGAAGAGUCCAUCUGCCAGCCCCUUCACAGGCAAAGACAUCACUGUUCUGGCAGGGAAGCUUAAACACGUGGCCCUGAAUACCCCACUCCGUUUCAGCGCUCAGGCCUUGAGACCCCAUUCCAAGAACAGUGCUCGGUUUGGCUGCCUCAGCCAUCACUCUUUCUUCUCGCGGCACAAUCCCCACCCUCACAGAGUCACUCAUAUUCAAGGUUUGAAUGGUGCUCCUGUUUGCACAGUUAAUGACGAGUGGUGUGAGCAGACCUUUCUGCCACCUCACCCAAUGAUAAAAAGUCAGAUUCGUGCUUCUAUUUUGGGGGCGUCUGGGGCUCAGAUACCCAUUGGAGACCCACAACCUGUUCCAGUCCCCUGGCUAUCGACAGCAGGUUCUUUGUCCAAUGCCUGGCGAGAAGAAUUGAGGGAACUUGCUGCAAGAGUCGGAGCCGCCUCGUCCACUGAGAAAAAAGGGGCAGGAGAAAAGUCUCGGAGGGAGACGCAAUACUCAGAAGAAACAGGACGUCUCAUCCCACCUCCCUCUCGAGGUACAGCUUGCCAUUCAUCACGCCGUUUGCACAGGAACAACGCCAAGAAUAAAGGCAAGGAUGCAACCCUGCUCUUCCGCGACCAAGAACUUAUAAUUUUGGAGCUGCUCUGUCAGAUCCUGCAGACAGACUCCUUGACUGCGAUUCAGCAAUGGCUGCUCAUGGCUGCGCAGAGGGAAAAGGACCUUGUCAUGGGAUUGUUGCAGACGGCAACUGCCAAUUUACAUCUUGAUCCCCAGGAGCUGACCACAAGCAUGGAAGAGAGACUUCCAUCACAGUUGCCCCCAGAUGCCUCAGGAUUUGCCUCCAAACCACGCAGCCUUGGGAGAAAUCAUGUAACCAGGCUGUCUGUUAUGAGACAAAAACAAGAACCUAUCCCAGAGGAAGAAAAGCCAGUGCACAUCGGCUCUGCAGAGGUUCUCCAGUUUCACCCCUCUGCAGAUGAAAAGCAAAACCAAUCAGACCAAACCAAUUAGGGAAAAACCUUCCUCCUGAUGCGACUACACUUGCUGCUCAAGCUUGUAGUGCUACCCUCCUGCUACUCACCCAAUGGCAACAAUGCUGCAAGGAAAAGGGCUUCUUUAGAAACACCCGGCAUCUCAGAACAUGCCUCUUGGAUUCAGGCACUGCAGUCUUCAAGGGGGAUGACAUUUUGAGAUAUUGUUCAGUGAGACUCUGCACUAUUCUGAAACCGUUGGAAAGACCCAUUCUGCUGUGUCCUCCUGUGUUCCAGCUUGGUAUUCAGCAUGAUUCAAAUGAGGAACGCCAAGAAGCUGCAGCAUGAUGAACU